AUGUUGUCAAGAGCCAUUAGAUCAUUCUCCUCUGUUCAGCGUGUCAACUACAAACCAUCUGUGUUUGCCGUUCGCUCAUACUCAUCGGACGCCCACAGACUCUCUGAGAAGGAGGUGUCUGAGCGUGUGAUUGACGUGAUCAGCAAGUACGACAAGUGCGCCGGCAAGGCUGUCGCCCCAACCUCCACAUUCAAAGAGCUCGAUCUCGACAGUUUGGACAGCGCCGACAUUCUGGUCGCCGUCGAGGAGGAGUUUAGCAUUGAGAUCCCAGACGAGGAGGCCGACAGAAUCAACUCAGUCAAGGAGACCAUCUCCUACAUCAGAAAGACUCCAACUGCCAAAUAA